AAUCAUCUCAAAUAUGGCGCACUUAUAGCGCAAAUGUGCCGCACUCUAUAUACAGCGCGUUGCGUGUUGUUGGUAACCGGCGUGAUGGUAUAGGACGUCUGAGGUGAAGCUGUUGAGUACCUAUUUCUGGUGAAUUCUGCUGUAAACACUCAAAAUGGCUGCUGCGGCUGUGUCCAGCUCCAAAACUGAGGACCUCAAGGUCUCCAUCGGUCCCAAGGACCUGGAGCUGAAUGUGAAGAAGAUCAUCGUCCACCCGCUGGUGCUGCUCAGUGUCGUCGACCACUUCAACCGCAUGAGCAAGAUCGGCAACCAGAAGCGGGUGGUGGGGGUCCUGCUGGGCAGCUGGCAGAAGAAGGGCGUGCUGGACGUGUCCAACAGCUUCGCCGUGCCGUUCGACGAGGACGACAAGGACAAGUCGGUGUGGUUCCUGGACCACGACUACCUCGAGAGCAUGUACGGCAUGUUCAAAAAGGUGAACGCCCGCGAGAAGAUCGUCGGCUGGUACCACACGGGCCCGAAGCUGCACCAGAACGACGUGGCCAUCAACGAGCUGAUCCGCAAGUACUGCGCCGACUCCGUGCUCAUCAUCAUUGACGCCAAGCCCAAGUCGAUCGGACUGCCGACCGAGGCGUACGUCGCCUACGAGGAGGUGCACGACGACGGCACGCCCACCUCCAAGACGUUCGAGCACGUGCCGACCGAGAUCGGUGCCGAGGAGGCCGAGGAGGUGGGCGUGGAGCACCUGCUGCGGGACGUCAAGGACACCACCGUCGGCACCCUGUCGCAGCGCAUCACCAACCAGCUGGUCGGCCUCAAGGGCCUGCUGGGUCAGAUCCGCGGCAUCCGCAACUACCUGCAGCAGGUGGUGGACGGCAAGCUGCCCGUCAACCACCAGAUCGUGUACGCGCUGCAGGACAUCUUCAACCUGCUGCCGGACAUCACGCACGGCGACCUGGUCAAGUCGCUGUACGUCAAGACCAACGACCAGAUGCUGGUGGUGUAUCUGGCCUCGAUGAUCCGCUCAGUGAUCGCGCUGCACAACCUCAUCGACAACAAGCUCUCCAACCAGGAUGUCGAGAAGAAGGAGUCGCAAAGUAACAAAAAGGACAAGGACAAGAAGGACGAUAAGGAUAAGGACAAGGAUAAGGACAGCAAGAGUGACGACAAAAAGGACGAUAAAGACAAAAAGGACUCUAAGAAGUGAUAGUAAACUGACGUGCAUAUGUUAUUUGUGUUUCAAUCUCUGGACUCUGUGCUGGCUGGUGACGCCCGCGUGGAUCCGUUAUUUAGGCACACGGUGGCGUCGUGGCAUGUCCCCAACUUACGGAGGCAGAUUUGCGGUAGGAAAAGUGCUGGUCAGACUUUUGUGGCAUACGCUUUUGUACAAAUGAAACUCCAGUCAUCACCAAUGCUAAGUCCGUUCCUGAACAACUGUUAACACUCUCCAUCAUUUGGAAGUCUCAGAAUGACCCGCUACUCACGUUUCGAACUUAUCCGUAAAAGUAAGGUGCAGGCACCGAACGAACACAAUUGUUGUGUGUUCAUGUUGAGAUCAUUUGUGAGCGCGUCUAUGGAAGCGAGCCAAUACAAAUCUCACUGUA